UCAGAACGCACGCAUGGAGCUCAACAUUGGGCAGAUAUUCACUAUCCUGUGAGUUUCCAUCCUCUCCUCCUCCUCCUCCUCCUCCUCCUCCUCCUCCUCCUUCUUUUUACCCUCUUAUUCCUUCUCCUCCUCUUCCUUCUUUCUACCCUCGUCUUUUCCUCUCAGUUCUACAACACAGGUGGUUUUAGGAGUUUUCUGACGUUUACAUCUUCGCUGGCCACGCCUAACAUUCCUAGUGCAAGCAUUGUGCUCACUGUGACCAUCUUGUCUUCCAUCGGCGCACCAACAGAAAGCGCUGGUCUGCUCUUUGCCAUGGAGUGGCUCUUAGAUCGGUGUCGAUCCGGAAGCGGAGCAUUGUCAAUCAUGUUUGUGGCUGCAACCGCUGAGGCGAUUCACGAAAGGGCACUAAAGAGAAAGCGUGUUGAUGACACCGAAACUUUCACAGAAAUGGGUGAAAGUGCUGUAUCACCUGUGUAA